AUGUAUUCUCAAAAAGGUCAAAAUUUACGUUCGCGAAAACACGAUUUCAUCAAUAAACUUAUCGCUUGCGGGAAUAUCUAUCAGCUUCCUUAUAACAACAACGCAAGCAUAUUGGCGGCUAACGCAAUCAUCGAAUCACCAACCAAAAUAUUAACCGGAAAAGGCCUUUUUCAGAAACGUAUAGAGAGACAAGCUCAGAAAUUACGAAAACACGAUAAAUAUCUGAUUAAUUCUGCUACAGAAAGUAUAUGGAAUUUACGAUUAACGUCUAUUCAACGGGAUGGUUUUGAAAGUUUGGCCAAUGAAGCAAAUAAUAUCAUUCAAAAUCGAGCGCGAUCCUAUGCCGAUGAUGAUAUGUCGAACAUGAUGAUGAGAAUUAGUACACCACAAGUAACCAAUCACCCCUUUGGAAAUUGCAUUUAUAAUGGAAUUGAUUUUCCAUGA